UUUGCAGACUAAUAUUUAUGAGGUUAUAACGUCAUAUAAUUUCUAUAUUAUUCUUAGCACAGCGUUGUUCUGUUCUCGUGUAGCCGUUGUUCUCGCGGAUUCUCACGAUAAUGGAAUAAUGCAAGGUCGUGGCAAUAGCGACGCGUCAAUAACGCCGAAAUAAAGGGGGGGGGGUCACUACCCGCUCUACGGCUAUAUACUAUAUAUGUAAUAUUUUAUUGUUCAUACAGCAGUCCAGCGGACUAAAAUUGAAUCCUGACAAAUGUCAAUUUAAUAUGGAUCAGCUUGUAUUUAUGGGGAUACUACUAUCCGAGAAGGGUACAGGGCCUACUGAGGACAGGGUAAAAGCUGUGAUAGAAGCGCGAAAGCCAGCGAGUGCAUCAGAGGUGCGAAGCUUUUUAGGUCUAGCGUGUUAUAGUGGCAAGUUUAUACCGCAGUUCGCGACCAUUUCUGAGCCACUGAGGAAACUGACUCGUAAGGAUGUACCAUUCAACUUCUAUCUACAUCUAUCUAAGGCUAUCUACAGCCCGCGUUCCCAGCCGUGUGCUCGAAUUGAAAGAUGGGUGAUACGUCUCCAACCGUAUACGUUCAAAGUAGUGUAUGUACCAGGACCAAAGAAUAUAGCAGAUUCAUUGUCACGCCUUCUAAGUGGUAAGGCCAGUGCACCAGGGCAUGUACAUGGUGCAGAGGAAUAUGUGCGGUUUGUUGCCAGCAAUGCGACACCAAGAGCGUUAACUACACGUGAGGUAGAACAAAUGUCCGCAGCUGACGACGAACUAAUCGUAUUACGAGAAGCAAUAAAGACGGGUCGAUUUGAGAAAUGCAAAGCGUUUGCACCAAUAGUGGCAGAAUUAUGCGUGAUUGGACAGUUGGUGCUACGAGGUACUCGUAUUGUAUUACCAAGUAAGUUACGACCACAAGCGCUAGCUUUGGCACACGAAGGGCAUUUAGGUGUGGUCGGGACGAAACAGAAUCUAAGUGUCAGAGCAAAGUGUGGUGGCCAGGCAUGGAUAGAGCUGCCGAGAAGUAUUGUAGAUCGUGUCAUGGUUGUCAGUUGGUUGCGCAUCCAGACGAACCGCUAGGACAAACAACGCUACCGGAUGGACCCUGGCAGGAUGUCGCUAUCGACUUGCUGGGACCAUUUCCAUCGGGACAUUCGAUACUUGUCGUAGUUGACUACUAUAGUCGGUUCUAUGAAUACGAUAUCCUAAACUCUACCCUGGCUGUAAAGAUAAUCGAUAGUUUGGAGGAGAUAUUCAGUCGUCAUGGACUCCCUAUCACUAUCAAGUCAGAUAACGGACCACAGUUUCGUUCUGAAGAGUUCCUGGAGUAUUGUGAUCAAAAUGGGAUCACGGCCCUCAAGGUUACUGCAAAAUGGGCGCAAGCAAAUGGCGAGGUAGAACGCCAGAAUAAGUCGCUGAUGAAGAGAAUUCGUAUCGCUCAGGCAGAAGGGUUAGACUGGAAAAGGGAACUCAGGAAGUAUGUGACGAAAUACCGUGGCAUUGACCACCAUACUACAGGGAGAAGUCCAGCUGAAUUCUUGUUUAAUCGUAAAGUGAGAGGGAAAUUACCAGAUUUUCAGGCAGACGGUCGUAUUGAUAUGGAGGUACGCGAUCGUGAUGCUGAACAGAAAGGGAAAGCGAAAAUCUACGCUGACGAACGUCGCAACGCGCAAUACUCUGGCGUUGAUGUUGGUGAUAAAGUUCUGGUCAGGAAAGAGAAAACCAAUAAGUUUUCAACAACAUUCGAUCCGGUUCCCCACACUGUCGUAAGCAAAUUUGGUAAUAGUCUUGUAGUGGAGGCUCCAAACGGUGCUCAAUAUUCUAGGAAUACUACUCAUGUUAGGAAAUACGUGUCGAAUGCUAGUACUCCCAUACAGGACGAUAGGGUAGAAGUUACCGCGUCACCCAUGCUACCAAUGAUUAAAACUGGAGCAAAUAGUGGAGUUCCAGACAGUGAUGUAUCAGAACUAGUUAUAGAUCCAGAUGUUCAGGCUUCAUCUGAAGAUACGUCUUAGAUGCCACAAUCUUCUUUGACAACCCAGUAUCGUAGAUCCCACAGGUAAAAGAGAGUACCUGCUAAGUACUCUGACUAUGUAAUGGAGUAGAAUUUCGUUUCUAUUGUGUUGGAGAUACAAUGUCUUGAGAUUAGUUGUUCCACAGUUGUGUUAUCGGAAUGAGUUUGAAUUUAGUUCGGACAUCGUACGUUAUAUAGCAAAGGGUUUAUUGCUCCAGGUUAUUGUGUUCCUUUAAAGAAAAGAAGAGAUGUAAUGUUCUAUUGUUCAUGUAUCGUUUUGCCGGGUGGAGAGAAACUCCGGAUUCGAGAAAUAAACGUGGAGGUUGAGUUUCGUAUAUCUCCUCUAAUUUAUUGGAGUAAGAGUGAUGUGAGAUAAAGAUAUCUACUCUAAUUGAGGUACUAAGAGAGAUACAACACUAUAUAGUGAGUUUAACGAGGAUGGGUUAACGAAGACACGCGUUGCGUUUUUAUAUUUCGGGAUAAAAUUACACGUUGUCAUAUACGCAUCGUUAAUAAUAAGAAUAGAAAGUAUAUUGAUUUUGAAUAGCGAACCGACUCCAUUCGCCUUCCCCCGUAUAUAUAACUCCAUAUAGUGUAUAUCCGUACGAGCUAGGAAGUCGAAAGUCGGUUACUCAGUUGGAUGAAUUUCUCGAAUGGGUUAUACAUGUGGGUUAUCAAUGCGAGUUAUACUGUACACAUGUGAAUUAUAGGCCAACAGUAAUAUCCGUGUUGGAAAUAGAAGACUGCCCCAUCAAUCCGGGACUCAGCUAGUUGAUUUUAGCCUUUAGGGACGUUACAGUAACUGCGCAAUAGUAAAAAUUAAGAUUUUGGAAAUCAGAACUGGCUUGGUUUUCACACCUCCUGCCUUCUAAUAACUUACGAUACAUAUAGUGUCUAUUACGUAUUCCCGUAGGCUACACACGUAUAUAUUAUAGGUAUUAAUAGCUCUUGUAAAUAUGUAUAUAUAUAUCUUCUACA